CGGCUUCCGAAAACUGCCAAGCCUCUGAAUCCUGAACUGCAGGGUCAACAGAAGGCGUUUGGCUCCAGGAGGAAAACCGUGCAUAUUUGCUAGCAGCACUUUCGCUUGGCUGGGAUGUCGGGGGAAGACGCUGGUCCGGGGUGUACCCUGAUCUCACUGCAAUAGGGAUGCUGGAUGUUGGCUUGGAGGGAGCAUUGGGGGGUGAAACCCACCAGCCCGGCCUCGCCACCUGGAAUCCAGCUCCCGUGGGUGAUGAUCAAAACUCAUUCCCUGCUUGGCGCAGAAAGUCCGAGGGAGGAGAUGGGUGCACAUGGAGUGGCAGUGUGUGUGUGUCCAUCUGGGCCAGGGAAGGGGGUGUGCAUGUGGCAGCGAGUGCCAGCAGCGCAGCGUGUCUGCAUAGGUAAAUGCCGAGCCCUGGGUUACCAGCCCAAGCCUGUUCACAGCACUAAAUUCCUUUGGAGAAAGAACACCCCUCAGUAGCUUCAAACGACUGCGCUGGAGCGGCUGGGCUGGGUUUUCUAGGGGCUCUCUUCGCAGGUUUAAGGUCAGGCCCGGCUCCUCCACCGAUUUAUCCUGGCUAGAAAUGAACAGAGCUCAGCUGGUUCUCCCAUCUGUGUUCUUAUCUGGCCCCUCGUGGUAGCUGAGGGGCAUUAUGGAGCCCCUAACUGCCCCGGCUGCUUGUUCAUUGUACGGAGUAGAGAUGUCUCUAGAGAAUGAUUGAAUGCCAUUUAUGGGGUGGCCGGUUCACACCAACCCCCCUGUUUUAUAAACAGCUCAGCAGGUAUUUUAACCCUGGCUGUCUCAGAAGCCUUGCUCGCGGGGGCAGGUCCCAGCGAGGUGGCUGCUUUGUAACAGCUGGCAGUGACUGAAAGGCCUUGGCCCAAAUUCUGCUCCUGGUUCUACCAUUGCCAUUCCUGGGCAUUGACACCAGAGGGGCUCGAGCUGUGACUCCCAUCAGCCAGCGUGGCGACUCUAGUUCCUAAUGGGGACAGCCCCAAAUCCACCAACUAAUGGGCCCCUUAUGGGGGUGGGCGGUGGGCCACGGAGAGCGAGCUUGCCACAAGAGGGGUCUCUCCAGGGCCGGGUUGAGGCACAUUGGUGGCAGUAGUGGGAUACUUACAGAGGAGGCUCCAGGGCAGUCAGCCCUGCACUAAAUUAACAAGGGUUUUCAGGAGCUGAUGUCUACUGCAUGGUUGAGAUGGGGAUGUUACCACACUGGACCGGACCAGGGUCCAUCUAGCUCAGUACCCACUGGCGGGCAUGCCAGGUCACUUCCCCUUAGCUUAUUUUCCCCAUCGAGCAGCAGCAACCGUGCCUAUUUUGUGCCCACAGCCACCCUGCUCUGGGCUGGGAUCUCAUCAAACUGAGCAGCAUCAGGCUUGUCCAAUGCGCCUUGGGAGAUGCUUGUCUCACCCCUUCCCCCUGCCCAACUUCUGUCUCUCGCCGCAGAGAUGCUGAAGUCGCAAAUCAUCAUCUUCGUGAUAGGAGGUCCAGGCUCCGGCAAAGGGACACAGUGUGAGAGGCUGGCUGCCAAGUACCAGUUCCAGCACCUGGGCAUGGGGAACCUGCUGCGGGCGGAAGCCAGCGAGCCCACGCGCCAGGGGCGACAAAUCAAGGACAUCAUGCUGAAAGGAGCGCUCGUGCCUUCAGGCUUCGUCCUUGACCUGCUGAAUGAGAACCUGCUGCAGAGAGAGGAGGCGAAGGGUUUCCUGGUCAACGGCUUCCCCCGGGAGCUCAACCAGGCCAAGGACUUUGAGCGCGUGGUGGGGCGUCCUCCCAACUUCGUGAUCGUCCUGGACUGCUCGACGGAGACCAUGAUCCAGCGGCUGCUGCUGCGGGGCCAGACCGGCCAUCGGGCCGACGACCACGAGAGCUGCAUCCGCCAGCGGCUGGAGACUCACUACUCGCUGUGCGAGCCCGUCAUCAGCUACUACCAACAGAAGAACCUGCUCAGAAACAUUAUUGGCGAGGAGCCGGAAGACGCCAUCUUCGCAAAGUGCUGCUUGGUCAUCGACAGCCUCCGCUAGGCCAGGUGCCUGGUGCCCUGCCCGGGCCAGCCCGCGGCUGGGACUGUGUUCAAAUAAAGGCUCAGCUUUGGGCCCGGGCCCUGCGCUUGCCCUACGCCAGGCGGCCCUCUGCACCUGCCCCACCCCAUGGGGCUCAGGUUAGGGCGUGAGCACCCUCUGCUGGCCCAGCAUGCAGUCCCUUCCCCGUCCCCAGCCAGGCAGCCGCAGGAUGUAGUUACACAAGCAGCCAAGGUGCCUAGCGCGGCAGGGGCCCAGCUGCACAGAACCGGCCCGUAGGAAUCCAGGGCCUUGCGGACAAGGAAAGUAUCUGACCCUGGCAGGGGAGCCAGGCAAGAUGGGUCUGGCCUAGGGCAGAGAGCGAAUGACUCCGGGACCCUCCUUACCCCAGGGAGGGGAGAUGGCCACAGCUCCACCCUACUGGCUGCUUUGAGUUGGGCAAACCCCGCAGGGUGUGAUUCCCUGCUCUGCUGUCUAGUGCAGCCAGUUCCCUCACCAGCCUCCUGGCCUAACCCCUAACUCCCUACACAUUAGGUACAGGAACAUCCUUUUGCUGCACCCCCCACCCCUGAAUUAGCCCUCCGCCUUUCCACAUCAGCCCCUUUCAGAGGAGCAGGACUGCAUGACACGAGACAGCCGGGCUGGAGAGCGGGGAGGGUUCUUCUGAGGGGACAAGGAGCAUCCAUCAAAACACUUGAGUUUAUUACCUGAAGUCCUUUGUUUUUUCCAAUACGUGACUUCAAACCCAGCUACAUGUGAGUGAGGAGAGCCCCAGCUUUGGACAGCGGUCAGCUUUUGAAAGAAACACGCUGUCCACACAACACACACGGGUCACACAGAGCUGAGUCUUAAAAGCCAACAGCAAGGGGGAGGGGGAGAGAGACACUCAGCACAAGUCACAGGUUAAGGGGGAAAAGUGGUACACACACACACCCCCACCAGCAACAGGUUGGUCUGCCUGUGGGCAGAGUGCCUGGGGAGAGCUGGAACGCAAGGCCCCACGAGGAGAACAGUUCUCCUGCCCAGGCGAGGGUUCAUUCUCCCUCCCCGGGAGACUCACUCCACUCCAGGGGGGGAUUUAGCUACUAGGGACUUGGCAAAAACCCCACAUCUGCAUCAGACUGAAAUGGGCUUUGUGCCAAGCUCUCCCCUCAGCUGCCCCUGAAGCUGGCUGGGCAGAACAGGGAGGCUAGCAGAGGACACUGGAACUGGUUCCAGGGAAGGCUUCCCCCUGCGUCACCCCAAGCAGGGAACUGUCCAGUGGGCGGAUGGGCAAGAACCUUUCCAAAGCUGCUUUUGAAAGCCAGCGCUCUCCAGCCCUCGCUGUAUGGGAGCAGUGUCUUACCCGGACCCUCCAGAGCAAGUCGGGGAAGCAAUGGGUCCCCCUCACACUCAUCUGCUUGGACAACCUCCUGCAUGAGCCGGAGAGUCCAAGCCGAGGGAGGUUCAUCUGGCCGUAAGCAGAGGAGGGUCCAGUGCUUAGGGCAUCAGCCUACGACUGGGGAAACCAGGUGCAAGGUCUGACCCCCGAGGAAUCUGGCAUGUCACAGUCUGCACCUUCAGUGGGGAUCAGAGCUGCCCUGCCGCCCAGGGGGGUGUAGGGACUAACAGGGAGGUGUUCAGGUACUACACAGAUAGGGCCAGCUAAGGCCUUACCUAGGCAGGUCCAUUCCCACUGCAUCAGAGGUGAAACUACAGGCCCUUGGGAUUGCUCAGAGACCACAGGUAUUGAAUGGACCGAGCACAGCGCCACUGGUUCCUCACAACAGGCAGCAGAAGCGAUUCCUUACCCCAUGAGGUAACCUCAGCUCAACAGGCCAGAUACCCCGCUGAGGGGCACCGGCAUAAAGCCCCCCGUAACAGACAGUGCCCAGGGCGCAUCGUAUCGCCAGUUGCUCGGUUUGGAAACAGUGCAGCAGAGUUGGUUUCAAAACAAAAAGAGCAUUUUAUUUAACAAAGCACAAUUGCCUGCUCAAACUAUAAAAAAACCACAGGAGCUCCUAGUUCAUCAGGUUUUACAACAGCUAUAUCAUGAGAACAAUCCGCUUCAAAACCCUAUGGACAGACAGACGCCACCCAGCAGACACAGGCAGGUUUUGUUAUCAUUUAUUUGUGAAGUUAAAAACAAGCGGUAAAAAGUAAAAACUGAGCGUACAAUUUUGUUUGUUUCAGUUUCCUCUUGAACAGACAAAAUACAUGACAGACCAGUCCCAAUUGUGGGAAAAUGGGAGGGGGAAAGGGGUUGUUUUAUCUGAAAUACCGACACCUUAUUCGAGGAAUGUUCCAACUCUAACUAAAAAGCAGAGUGAUUUUUUUUUCUCCUUGUAAAGUUUUUUUUAUUUUUU